AUGACUCCCCGGGAGCACAUGAGGAAGAUGUCCAUCCUGGGGGAACAGGGAUCCCUGGAGGAAAAGCACCUGUACCGGCUGGCAGGCAGCAUGGCAGCAGGAGAACUGCGGCAGCGGCAGGAGAUGCUGAUGAGGAACCAGCUGAUGGCAGUAAACCCGCAGCUGAUGGGGCCGGGCCAGCAGAGGAUGCAGGCGAUCCCCGCCCAGUUUGAGCCGCGACUGGUGGACAGAGAUCUGCUACCUUCAACUGAAAUGAUGGCCUCAGCUGACCCCAGACAAAUCCACAUAGCAUCCCACCUGGGACCCACAGUCCCACAGCACCCCAACAUGCCAAACCUGUUGUCCAACCGUGUCUACCCAGGCCCAGGAUACAGCUUUCUGCAACCAGAAUCCAUGGAAGCUGUGGCCAGAAGACAAGAACUGGUUCAAAAGCAAAAUAUUGCCAGAAUGGAAAUGGAGAUGAGUGCUAUUUUCCAGCAAAAGGAAAUGGAGAAAGCCCAUCGGAAAGGACUCCUGGGCCUGGAAGCUCCUUUCCUUUACCACGGGAUGCCGAGUCCCAUUGCUUUCCGCGGCAGGCACAGACUCCCUGAAGGGCACCUUGCCAACGACCUGUACGUCCAUAGGACCACCCUGGACGAGAUCCAUGGCAACAGCAUGCUGAUGGCAGGCAGCCCGUACCCGCCAGUGACCACCCUGCAAAGGGAGAGGGGGCGCCGCCCAGGGAGAAGAGCUGGAAAUCACAAAACUGCCGAGGGCAGCACCAACGGCGCAAAGAACCAGGCAGAUGACAAAUCCACAGACUCUGCCUCAGCUGCAGUGGAUGAGGAGAAAGAGGACAAGAAGGAAGUAGAUGUGGAGACACCAAACAAACACGAGCAGAGCAAAAACCAGACUGAGCCAGCUGUGGCGGCCAAGAACUGCAAAGAGUUUGAACAAGGCUUGAGAAAAAACUGUGCUGCUCAUGAAAUUCCUACUGAAACCACCAGCUGCAGCAACACAAAUGAGAAGGAAGCCAACAGCUCCUGUGCUGCUUUUGAUGACAAGUACCUGUACCCUUCUGCAAUCCCAUUCUCAGCAUUACCAUAUGGAUUUCCAGUGCCCAACAACCCAUUGCUACCUUCAGGAGCCCAUGGCCUGAUCCUGAAUGGAGAAGACAUUUCUUCUGUCGAAGACAUUCGCAAGUGGACAGUUGAUGAUGUGCACAACUUCAUUGUCAGCCUCCCAGGCUGCUCAGAUUAUGCCCAGGUAUUUAAAGAUCAUGCUAUUGAUGGAGAAACCCUUCCACUGCUAACAGAGGAGCAUCUCCUGGAUACAAUGGGAUUAAAACUUGGACCAGCAUUAAAAAUCCGCUCUCAGGUGUCCCGACGUCUGGGCAAUGUGUUCUACAUGAUGAAUGUCCCUCUGUCCGUGCCCCUGCCUCCUGCUGCAGGGAAACCCUCAGAGCAGCCCUCUGACAUGGCCUCUCCUCUGCACUGCAACAGCAGCGGUGACACCCUGGAUAGUCCCUGCUCGCAGGACCCAGAAACCUCCCAAGCAGUGGAACAGAUGGUUUCAGAAAGCAGGGAAAAUCCAUGUGACACAGCUGGAUCCCAGGCUGACUUCCAGAUGAUUGCUUUCCAGAAAAGUUGA